AAAAGGUAGAGUAGAAUUUUUUUAAUUCAUAUUCUUUUUCACUAUAAAAGAAUCAUACAUCACUUUCCCUAACAAGCAUUCCCACAUAAAAAAACUCCUAGUUUCUAACCACCUCUUCAACCUCCAUCUCCAUAAACUCACCAAAACUUUCCAAAAAAACACACAACACACACUUCACCAAAACUCCCCACAAGAGCACCUCCCCUCUCUAAAAUGGUGAAACCGAUUAUUAUCCCUCACCACGAUCUCCCUCGCCGUCACGGCCGACGCCACCUUCAUGAACUGGUGGCAGUCUCCACAGAUCCUCAAGUUCUUCAUGAUCCUUAUCGGCACGAAUUGAGGCAAACACAUCCACCCCAAUGUGAAAGCCAGCUUCUCACUAUGAUGCUUCAGCAGCUCCCUCUUGCACUCCUCCUCCACGUCGUGCAGAUCGUGCUCAACGUGCCCCGUGAACCCGGCCUUCUCCAUCUCCUCGAGCAGCCCGUCCAGCCGCGUGUAGAUCUCCCCCAUCCGCGGAUGGCUCCUCUCCCCCACCAUGAAUGAAUGCACCUUGUCUUUGAUCUCAAUCCAACUCCUCCCUUUCUCCUUCUUCGCUGCGCUUCCUUUAAGCAGCUUCCUCGCGGCUGCAACGUCGUCCCACCUCCCACUCGCGGCGUAUAUGUUUGAGAGCAGCACGUGGUUGCCGGCAUUGUGUGGCUCGAUCUUAAACAACUCCCUCGCUGCAACCUCAGCCACCUCGACGUUUCUAUGAACCCUGCACGAGGCGAGGAGCGAGCCCCACAUGGACGGGGUGGCCUCAAACGGCAUCUCCUCGAUCAGAGCCUUCGCCUCCGCGAUCAUCCCCGCCCUCCCGAGGAUGUCCACCAUACACGAGUAGUGGACAGAGUUGGGGUUCAGAUCAUGCUCUGUUUUCAUCAUGGCGAAGUAUCUUCGCCCCGUCUCGGCCAAUCCGUUGUGGGCGCACGCGGAGAGGAUGGAGACGUAGGUCGCCUCGCUCGGGCGGAGCAGCGCCUGCUGCAUCUUCUCGAACAGCAUCAUCGCCUCCAACGGCCUGGCAUGCCGAGCAAAGCCGGAGAUCAUCGUGUUCCAUAGGAUCACGUUCGCCUUCGCCUUCUCCGCCUCGGAGAAAACAGAGUGGGCGUGCGAGAUGCUCCCGCAUCUCGCGUAGACGUCCACGAGAGACGAGGCGAUGUACUCGUUCGCGAAGAAGCCGGACUUCCACACGACCGCGUGCACUUGCUUCCCUUCGAUUAAGGCGGCCAAGGCCGCGCAGGCGGAGAGCACGGACGAGAGCAUGAACACGUUCGUCUCCACGGCGUUCCUCUGCGCCGCGAGGAGCAAUCGCAAGGCCUCCUCGUGGAGGUCGUUUUGGACGAGGCCAGCCAUCAUUGAGCUCCAUGUGACAUCGCUUCUCUCAGGCAUUGUGUCGAACAGGCGCGAGGCGUCGGCGAUUGAACGGCAUUUCGCGUAGACGUCGAGCAAUGCGGUGCCGACGAAGGCGUUGGACUCCAUCGCCGACUUGAUGACGACGGCGUGCAGCUGCUUGCUCUCGAACGCGAGCGCGUUCGAGGCGCAGGCGCAGAGCACGCUCGAGAGGGCGAACUCGCUGAACUCGGAUGAGUCUCUCAGCAUCGCGACGAAGAGGUUCAGAGCGGCGGAAGCGUUCCCGUUUUGAGUGUAGGCGCCGAUCAUGGUGUUCCAGGAGACCACGCUUCUCAGGCGCAUUUCGUCGAACACCUUGCGGGCGUGAUCCGCGGCGCCGCAUUUGGAGUACAUGUUGAUGAGCAUGUUGGAGGUGGAAAUGUCGGAUUGAAGCCCGAAUUGAAUGAUCUGUGCGUGGGAGGAUUUUCCCGGCAGGAUUGAUCGAUGUUUGGCGCAUUUUUGGACGAUGGUUUGCUGCAUUUGCAGAAAGGUUUUUCUGGUGCAUAUCCAAACAUGGUCUUCUUCUUCUUCUUCUUUUUCUUCUUCUUGGUGUUGUUGGAAUGGUAGCUCAGCUUUGGCAGUGGAGAUUGUUGAAAAGCUUUUGUGAUGAAAGGUAAAUGUUAAACGAGAUUUACUUUUUCUGUACAAGAAUUUCAUUUGAAUUGUGGGAGAGAAUCAAUAAGAAGGGUUAAUAUAUUUACCUAUAUUAAUUUUGAGAUUAUAGUCUUAAACUAUCUAAUCUUUAAUCAAAUUCUGAUUUUGCAUCAUACAAUAGAUUGAUUUUUAAUCAAAUUAUGAUUUUUAAUCAAAUUAUGAUUGCAUCAUAAUUAUUAUAAAUUUGGCCAAAGUUGGAAGAUAAAUUGAUUUUGGUGGCAAACUUAAAAUCAGUUAAAAGUAUACUCCUAUAAAUUUACAUAUUCAAUUUUUUGGGUGCAUAAAAUUAGGAUUUGGCCAAAAAUAAAGAUUAGUAAAAGUUAUUUAAAAUAUAAACUGUUUCAAGAUUUAUAAAUUUCUUGAAAAGAUUAGGCAAUUUUCUUUUAAAAUAUUUUUUAUAGACUCUAAUUUUACAAGAUUUGUCAACUCAUUAACUUCUUUUGUUGUUGUAGGAGAGAACUCAUACACUCUUUCAAAUAAGCUCAGCUGAAUAUAGAGCAGAUUUUGGAAUUUGGAAUUAAACUUUCAACAAAGUUCCGACAAAAUACAACAUUGAAAAGGUUUUAAUUUUCGAAAUUACUCACAAUUUGGAUGGAUUAGAGUGAAUAAUUCGGUAAAAGCAGAAAUGGAGCUUGAAAAAGGGGUGCAGAGAUGGAUUGUUGACAUAUCUAAUUGGAAUCCUUCGCUCCAAGAUUUCAAUCUUGCGGUAUCUCUUCUUCCCCACCACGAACACGCCUCCAUCACCAGGUUUGUUAAAUUAGAGGAUCGGAAACGGGCUCUUGUAAGCCGGCUGCUGCAGUACGCUCUGGUGCAUCGACUAUUGGGAAUUCCAUUUGAUGAGAUCAUCAUCAAGCGAACUCCCGAGGGGAAGCCCUUUUUGGUAUGUGACAGCGUGGAGCCGGGGUUUCCGAAUUUCAACUUCAAUGUAUCCCAUCAUGGUGACUAUGUCGCGAUAGCAUCUGAGCCUAUAUGCCUCGUGGGAGUGGAUAUCGUCUCUCAUUCGGUUCCUGUGAACGAAGCAGCUGACGAGUUUAUACAGAGUUUCUCAUCAUACUUCUCUGAUUUGGAAUGGUGUAAUAUCUGCAACGCUGGCUCGCCCGAUGAGAAGCUGAGAGUUUUUUAUAGAUAUUGGUGCUUGAAGGAAGCUUUUGUGAAGGCGAUUGGUAGUGGCGUCGGCCACAAAUUGGACGAUGUCGAGUUUCAUCACGUAAAUUGGGAGAAUAUAUUUGUCAAAGUUUGUGGCAAAGAAUUGAAGGACUGGAAAUUUUGGCUUCUUGAACUCGGAAACAACCAUUCAGUAUCCAUUGCAAGAGGUCAUCCAAGAAGUGCCAUCUCAAGUUACAUGAAAACUCUAAAACAGAUUGAUUUCAAUGAGGAGUUUUACAUUGCAGGCCUCAAUCUUCCAAAUGCAAGUUUUACAUUUCUAACGGUUGAUGAUCUCGUCCAAUCGCGGCGCGACGACUUGUCGAGAAAACUUGACGUCUCUCACAAAGUGAUGCUGUAAAUUACCUUGAAAUCAAUCACAGGAAAAUAUUGGAUAUAUUGGAAACUUUUCAUACUCACUGAUUCUGACAAAUCAAUUACAAAGGUUGCCUA